CAGCACUCGUAACUCCGAGCUCUCCGUAGACACAACCACCACCAUCACCAACCUACAUUUGCGACAACGGCGAUAUAAAAGACGGCACCCCCAGCCCCGAUAUUAGGCCUUACAUGGCUACAUAACUUUGCCAAUUUCACAACCACCGAUAACACCAUGCUCCUCCUCCGACCCCUCCGCCAGACAUCACGAGUAGCAACCGCGGCCUUGAGCGCUUCGACAGCGCGGGCUUGCGCUCAACGCUCCAGCAAUGCCACAUUCUACCUCCGACGCACCUAUGCAGCAAGAGGCGCACCCGCGAGCUUCCCAACAAUCGAUACUUGCCCGUCGCCCACCUGCUCAUGCGCUCCGACUCCCACGUUCCCCGAAGGCUUCGAGAUCGAUCACACCACGCCUCUCAACGGUCUUAUGCCAAACCACGCCCAGCAAGUCCUAAUCUGCACCGGCAAGGACGACUGGCCAUCCAAAAUCGAGGAUGAUGACAAUGGCCAAAACCAUGCCGCCAUGCUGCGCGAUCUGAUCGGCCGUGGAGGUCCCUAUAACGAUCCCUUCCACAACAUCUCCGUCCUCAACGUCUCCUUCCCCCCAUCUUCUUCUUCUUCGCCCUCCGACGCCCCCACGAACACCAAAACAACAUCAAUCUACCUCCUCCCCGACUUCAAAUACCUCCCCUCCCUCUCCUCCGACCCCAACCACCUCAAAGCCCUCGUAAAAGCCCACCUCCUCCCCGAAAAGCUGCACCCCGUGCACGACCACUCGCCGCCCGCCAAGCGGGAGGCACUUCUCUGCGAUCCCACGUACGCCGAUCUGGUGCCCGGGAUUCGUGAUAUAAAAAACGAGGUGAUCGUGUUGAUCUGCGGCCAUGGCGGGCGGGACCAGCGGUGCGGGGUGUACGGGCCCCUGUUGCGGACCGAGUUCGAGGCGAGGCUGGCGGAGCAAGGACCUGAAAAGAUCGAGGUGCUAAAGGGCGCUGCUGCGCCUGCCGAGAAGGAGGACCUGGAGGAGGAAAGUAAGAAGGUCUGGGGAGCGAGGGUCGGGCUGAUUAGCCAUAUCGGUGGCCACAAAUUCGCGGGCAACGUGAUUGUUUAUAUUCCGCCGGGGUUGAAGAUUUAUGACUCGGACGUGCCGCAUCCACUGGCGGGACAUGGGAUUUGGUACGGGCGGGUUGAACCGAAGCAUGUGGACGGGAUUGUGAAGGAGACGAUCGGGAAGGGGAAUGUGAUUAAGGAGCUGUUUAGGGGCGGGAUUAAGCAGGGUGGUGAGAUUUUGAGGUUGCCUUUGUAG